AAGAGAGAGACGUAAGAUUUGAUUUUGCUGCCCAGAGGAAGCCGAUAUGGCGGCAUCUCCUGCUUCUCUUCUCCACCGCUCCCCAUAACGACAAGAUCCCCUCUUUCCUCUCCCUUUCCGUAAAACGCCCUUUUCCGCCUUCCUUUUUGUGGUCUCCAAUCAAUUCGCAUUUCGCCCUUCCCUCUUUUAAGCUCUUUCUUUGUUGUGAUAUAUAUAUCGCCUUUCCCGUCCUCUCUCUAUAGGUUUCCUGAUAAGGCAACAACGCAAGGAAGAAGAAGACGUUUCUUUCCUCUUCUCUUCGAUUUAUUCUGCACCCCAAAUUGAAAUUUCAUAUUUUUCGCUUCUUUUUAUUUUUAUUUUUAUUAUAUACACAUAUAUACAUAUACAUCAUAUAAAAAAAGAAAAGAAAAGAAAAAUCACGGGGCCCGGAUAAAUCUAGAGCACCCCCAGAUUAGGGUUUGCUCUGUGCCGUCUAUUUUAACCAAGUUCGUUCUGCGUUUGUUGUGGGGAGGUAGCCAUAGCUGAAUAAAUAAUAAACAGAGAAGUGGGCGACUCUUUGGAACGGUUUCUGUUCCAGACUGGCUAAAGAAAGGCCAGGGUUUCCUUUCCAUGUUCCAGAUUCGGCUUUUAUAGCUGAUAGACAUCCUUUUCACUCUGGCCGCUACUGGAAGAUUUAAGUCUCCUCCCACCUUCUUAAGGGUGUGGGGCAACAAUGAUGGGGAGAUUUCUCUUUGCGUUCUGAGAAGAUCGAGAUCAUCGUAUGCUUGGAGAUUGUGCCGUGUAUCAGAGGGUCUGUCUCUUGAUUAUGGCUAAAGUUAUCUUUGGCCAAUUUGGAACUUGGCGUUGAGGAUUGUUUGUCUACACUUAAUAGAGGAUCUCUUUUUCUCCCAAUUUCUGGGUGAUUCAUGAGUAGAAUAAUUCGUUAUCAGUAGGUUUUCUCUUAGUAGAAGCGUGAGAAUUGCAUGUGGAUGUAGUUCUCAUCAGUAGUAACAGAAUGGUUCGGUUUUCGUGCUUCAUCACUCACAUCCACAACCAUAAGCCAAAACAGAAAACAGGUCAAUCUUUUGCAGAACCAAUGAAUAUACUUCAGCAUUCCUCCCAAAUUCAGCCACACGAGACCCCUUUAAGUGAUGUCAAUGGCAGUUGCAAUAAGGUUGCUGAUUCCUUAUCCCUUGAACGAGGCUGGAAAUCUGAUCAUAUGAAUGGAAAAUUGAGCUUGGAGAGUGAGGAUGCUGGAGUUCAUCAAACUGGAUAUCUCAAAAAGAGUAAAUCAGAGGGUGGGCUCCACCUGAAGGGAAGAAGUUUGGCUGAUGAAGACACCGAGGAUGAGAGUCAUGAGACUGAUCGAGGAUAUUCUUUUGAUCAUAGCAGGUCAGUCUUACCAGAUGGAAGCAAUGAAGCAAGCUUAAGCCCCACGAAUUAUGAGAAGCCAGCUCCCUUGGACACUUCAAAAGAGUUUUCUUUCGUGAACAAUGAGUCCAUUUUCUCGAUUGGAGAUCCUCAUAAUUCUGAAAGAGGGGCAGGCCUGGAAAUUUCAGAUGCUCGGCCUUCUGGAGACCGUAUAGUAAAUUCUGGUGAACGUACGCCUCAGACUCCACUUUCAAUUGUACGGUCCCGAUCGUUGCCCAACAUUGGGACCUCAUUAUCCCCUUCGGAGAAAUGUGUCCAGUUAGAAGCUAAGUCGAGGUCUUCUGAUGAUCUACAUGUCCUGAACACAAAAAGAAGUGAGGCAUCACUUCACGAGGUGAAAAUGCGACUAGUCCAUGAAUGGGGAAGAGAUUACCACACAAGUGAGUCUCAUAAUGUUAGAUUUGAGAACCCAGUUGAACAUUGUGAUGACACAUUCAAUUAUGACAGCCCAGCUAGAGAAUGGAUUGUGCCCAUUGAGGAACCUGAAAAAUCCAUUGAAUAUGGAUCAUCCUCAGCUCAUCAUCAAUGGGAUGAACCCCCCGGUACUGACUUCAAGAUCAAGCGAACAGAGGAGUGGGUUAUCGAUCUUCAGCCUUGCUUCCCUAUUGAAGAGACAGGUGAGAUAUUACAACCUGAUGAUAAGAAGAAGAGAGAAGUGACUGCUCCAAACGAUUCAGUCGUUUUGAAGGCCAUCCCUGGCAUGGAAGCUGCAAAGAGAUAUAUCUCUUCUCUGAAUCCAGCAGCCACUGCGGCUCAGUUGUCGAACCAUGGGUUGUUCGUUAUACCAUUUCUCAGUGCAUUUGUGAGCUUGAAGGUUCUUAAUCUUUCAGGAAAUGCUAUAGGGAGGAUAACUGCUGGAGCUCUUCCUAGAGGACUUCACGUGCUAAACCUGUCGAAGAAUCAUAUAUCUGCAAUUGAAGGUUUGCGGGAACUGACCCGACUCCGUGUCCUGGACUUGAGCUACAACCGUAUACUCAGAAUCGGACAUGGCUUAGCCUCAUGCUGCUCUCUGAAAGAGCUCUACUUGGCGGGGAAUAAGAUCGGCGAGGUUGAAGGACUGCACAGGCUUCUGAAGCUGAACAUUCUCGAUCUCCGGUUCAACAAGAUCUCCACAGCUAAAUGUCUUGGGCAGCUUGCAGCAAACUACAACUCCCUACAAGCAAUUAGCUUGGAAGGAAACCCCGCACAGAAGAACGUUGGGGAUGAGCAGCUUAAGAAGCAACUCCAAGGGCUUCUCCCUCAGCUCACUUACUACAACAGGCAGUUGAUAAAGGUCGGGACUACAAAGGAUGGUGCAGAUCGAUCAGUCAGAUUGGGGAUGGGGUCCCACCAGAUCAGGUCGGACUAUAAAUCUGCAAGGAAGGGCAGCCAUGGAAUUUCCAGCAAGGUGGGUACAUCCUCGGGACACAACCGGAGAAGUCACGUUCUGGGAUCCGACAGGUCCAAGGGGAAGCAUGUGAAGUUGCCACCCAGCAGUGUGGCCAAAACCUCUAGCAACCACCACCACAACCACCAUCAGUUGGAUCUGGGAGAUAGGCUGAGGAGCCUGAAGGAGAAGAUUUCGAUUCGGAGGAGCCGCAGCGAAGGAACAAUCGAGGCUCUCUGAACUCAUUGUUUGAUACUAUCCGUUGGGUUUAUGGACAAUUUUCCAUAUUUUCUUUGGAGCAAAAGCUCAUGAAUAAGGGUAUUGUGUCGGAGGAGAUCCUCCGGGGACCCAAAUAUGCUGGUUAUUGAUGUUGGAUUGGAUUUUGAUGCAUUCAUUUUAUUUUCUCCUCUUCGUAUGUUA